UUUGCAUUCUCAUAGUACUUUCAUCUUCAGUUAGUGUUACAGUAUCAAGUUGAAUUGCAUCGCGAUGAAGAAUGGCGAAGAAAUUGUUAUUUCUGGAAUCGGGGGAUUUUUUCCUAAAUGUAUCAAUGUGGAAAUUUUUCAAAAGUUACUUUUAGAAAACGCCGACUUCCUGGAUUCCCGAUGGAAAGAAGGAGAAAACAAUGUGACAAAUAUAAUCGGAAAGAUUCCUAACAUUCAAUUGUUUGAUACCGCUUAUUUUGGAAUCCAUAGGCAGCAAUGUAUCCAUAUGGAUCCGAUGCAACGUUUAGUGCUGGAAAGAACAUUUGAAGCACUCAUAGAUGCGGGGGUAAAUCCUAUCGAUAUAAGGGGAAAAAAAGUAGGCGUCUUUAUUGGGUCGUCUGUAGGAGAGAAUGAUAACAUUCUGUUUGAAACAGUUGCAAGUGGAUUUGGCAUUACUGGUCACUCACGAUCCAUGAUGCCGAACAGGAUUUCAUACUGGUUAAAUUUGAAAGGUCCUAGCUACGUUUGCGACAGCAACUGGUUGAAUGGUUUGGAAGUAAUAAGAAUGGCUUAUGAAUCAAUUAGAGAAGGACAUUGUGAUUCCGCCAUUGUUGGUACGACAAAUUUGACCGUAAAUUCAGAAAUGAGUUGGGCGUAUAACGACAUCAAGUUACUUUCCCCAGAUGGUAUUACAAGAUCUUUCGACGCAGAUGCUAACGGAUAUGGGCGAAGUGAUGGUAUUGUGGUAUUGUAUUUACAAAGAGCAACGAAAGCUAAACGUAUUUAUGGUACCAUUGUCAACGCUCAGACCUGCUUCAAUGGAAACCGUGAAGGUCCUUUGAUUGCUGUUGAUCAGCCCCACAUGGUCAAGUUUAUGAAAGAUUUUUAUGCUGAAACUGACGUUGACCCAACAGAAGUAAAUUAUAUCGAAGCGUAUGGUUGCGGCAUCAGGCAUGUGGACGAAGUCGAACUAAAUGCAAUAGAAGAAGUUUAUUGCGAAAAGCGUUCUGGUCCUCUUCUCCUCGGAUCUAUUAAAUCCAAUAUAGGUCACGCUGAAGCAUCAGCGUCUCUUAUGGCAGUGGUAAAAGCUUUAAUAUCAAUGAAUUCAGGGAUAAUCCCUGCUAAUAAACAUUACAAAAAUCCAAAUCCUAAUAUAAAAGGUCUUAUCAAUGGUACCCUAAAAGUUGUCAACGAAAAUACUCAAUGGAGAGGCGAUUAUGCAGCUGUUAAUGCGAUCGGCUUGGCCUCAUCGUAUGGCCAUUUGUUGCUCAAAGCAAACAAAAACACUAAGAAAGAAGGCCCUUUAGAUGAUCUUCCACGUUUAUUCAUAGCUUCCACCAGAACAGAGGAAGCAAUACAAAAAAUCCUUAGCACGGUACAAGAUCAUAAAAAUGAAGUCGAAUACGCCAACUUGAUACAGGAAAUUUUUGCAACCCCAAUUCCAGGUCAUUUAUAUCGGGGUUACGUUCUGACGGCAAACGAGGUCAAACAAGAAUUCGAACAUUACCCCGGCAAAAAACGUCCUGUCUGGUUUGUUUAUUCAGGAAUGGGUUCUCAGUGGCCAACCAUGGCCUCUGAUCUCAUGCGGAUUCCCGUAUUUGCCGAAUCCAUUCAGAGAAGUCACGCCAUUCUUCAGAAAAAGAACGUUGAUCUCCUUAAUAUCGUCACAACUGACGACCCCAAAAUAUUCGAUAACAUUCUUCAUUCUUUCAUAGGAAUCGCGGCUGUACAGAUUGCUUUAACAGAUGUACUACACACUGUGGGGGUGGUUCCAGAUGGUAUAAUUGGGCAUUCGGUGGGUGAAUUGGGAUGCGCCUAUGCUGAUGGGUGUUUGACAGCAGAACAGAUGAUCCUCGCUGCUUAUGCGAGAGGAAAAGCGUCCCUAGAAGCUGAACUCAUUCCAGGGAUGAUGGCUGCAGUGGGAAUUGGGUAUCAAGAAAUCAAGGAUCAGUGUCCACCAACAGUAGAGGUGGCAUGUCACAAUGGUCCUGAAAGUUGCACCAUAUCAGGACCAACAAAGGACAUGGAAGAUUUCGUGGCUCAAUUGAAAGAAAGGGGUGUCUUUGCCAGGCUGGUUAAUGUUGCCAACAUCGCUUAUCACAGUAGAUACAUAAAACCUGCUGCUCCAUUUCUAUUGAAGUAUCUCAAAGAGAUCAUUCCAAUUGCAUCACCACGAUCUUCAAAAUGGAUCAGUACGUCUAUACCUGAAGACAGAUGGGAUAGUGAUUUAGCGAAAACCUCUUCAGCUGAGUAUCAUACUAACAAUUUACUUAGUUCAGUUUUAUUUGAGGAAGCAUCAAAACAUUUUCCAAAAGACGCCAUUGUCAUAGAAAUAGCUCCACAUGGACUUCUACAAAGUAUUCUUAAACGCUCUCUGCCACCAGAAUGUACAAACAUUGCGUUGACUCAAAGAGGACACAGGAGCAACAUGGAAUUUUUAUUGUCAGCUCUUGGAAGAAUGUUCAUCAGCGGAGUUGAUAAUAUGAGAGUUUCUGCAUUAUAUCCAAAAGUUGAGUAUCCAAUCGGACGAGGAACUCCUUCAUUAACGCCUAUUGUACAUUGGGAACACAGUGAAGAAUGGAGAGUUGGAAGCAACGAUAAGUUAAACUAUCUAGCUAGUGUUAAAGACAUCCAAGUGUCUCUCAACACCGAAGACUUCAAAGAAUAUGCUGGAAACAAACUGGACACUAAAGUGGUCCUACCACCUUCAUUGUACCUGAUGAUCGUCUACAAAAUGUUGACUAACUAUUACCACAGAUGUGAAGAUUUUGUAUUUGAAAAUAUUCAUUUCAAAAAAGUUCUUAGCAUUCCAGCAAUCGGGCACGUACCCUUGUCCGCUAUGGUACAGAAGGGCAGUGGCGAAUUUGAAGUCAUAAGUGAAGAUGAAAUCAUAAUUUCCGGAGUCAUCAAAACCCCAGAGACAGGAAGCAAUGUUUUAUUAGAACUACCAUCGCUUGAAAUUGGCGAGGAAGCUUAUCAGCUAAGUUCUAAAGACUUUUAUCAGGAAUAUUAUCACAGGGGUUGCCAGUAUUCUGGGGUGUACAAAUCCAUUAAGUCAUUAACUAUUACGAAAGAAGGUUCUGUUGCUGAUGUUAAAUGGUGUGAUAAUUGGGCGAUAUUUUUCGAUUUAAUGUUGCAACAGUUCUUCUUUCACGCCGGGGAACGUAAACAAGAUAUUAUGGUUCCCAGCCAUAUCCAGCGUCUUGCAGUGUCCAUUCCUCAGAUGCCUAGUUCAGAAGAUACAAAGAUCAAUUUCAAUUCAUCAACUGGCUUGAUUUAUUCUGAUGGCAUUCAGAUAAGUGGAGUCAGAGGUGCGUCUCUUCCAAAGCUACGAAAAGCUGUUUUGUACAACUGUGUUGAGUUUGUACCAUUUUUCAAUAAAGUAUACAAGUCAUGGGAAAGUGUGUUUAAUUUCACCAUUCAGGUCAUAAGUUUAACCCCAGGUUACGAGGAGAUUAAAAGCCUUUCGGUGGUAGAAGUUACGGCUACAGAUGGAAGUAUUAUUGAUAGAGUAAAAAGCACCAUGACCAAAUACAGGGACAUUAACGCUACGUACUCAAUCGUAAGAAGUCUGAAGUCGAUUGUAGCUUCGCAAAGCGAUCCCUUAUUUGUGGUGUUCGAUGAAGAUUUUGACUCAGACGUAGCCGCUUAUCUAGCCGAUUCACAUGCACUUAUACUAACACGAUCAAAUGAACGAAUUGCUUCAUAUUCACACAUAAUUGAAGUGUCACGGCUUGAAUGUAAUAACAGAAAUUAUUCACUUAUAAAAAAGGUUGCGAAGACCACUGCAGUGGUGGUUAAUGUCUAUGGUGCUACUCUAACAUCUAAAGACUUAGCUAAGAAUAAUAUAAAAUGGGUAAUGCAAUUUAGAAGCACUUUGGAAAAUCUUCAGCCCAAACAAAGGCUGUACCUGGUUUCAAAUGUCAGUCCAUACGAAGGUGUCAACAACUUUGUCCGAAACGUUCAAAAACAAUUGCGAAAUUCAGAAUUGUUAAGGUUCAUAUUUCUACUUGAUAAAGAAAAGGUCACAUUUGAUGAUUCUAAAUCGAUAUUCAAGAGUAUACUGAAGCAUGACCUGGUUCUUACUGUCAUUAGUGAUGGUCAGAUUGGUAGUUAUCUGUCCAUUCCUACAGAACUUCGAGAAGAAGCUAAACAAAUAUUCCAUGCCUCCGGGAAUGUUAUUUCUAAUAAACAUAUUCGAUAUAUUGGGUUGAAUCUGAAAGACGAAUCUGUCAACCCUGAUAAAGAGCCAGAACUAGGGCCUAUCGAUUAUUCUGCCGUAAACAAUUCUAAUCAACCUAUCAUGGGCUUAGCGUGCUUUGACAGGAGUUCGUAUCAAAUAAUUCCCGAUUCUGUUCUUUGCUGGAAUGUGCCUGACGGUUGGAAUUUAGACGAUGCUGCAGCUGUUCCUUAUUCGUACGCCAUGGCUUAUCAUUGUUUGAUAAAUAAAGCAAGGGUUACCACUGGAGGAAAUGUACUCAUCCAUUCCGCUUGUACUGGGGUUGGUUUUGCCUGUGUUUGUAUUGCCCUUAGCAUUGGAUGUAACGUUUUCGUCACGGUGACUACAGACCAACAGAAGGCCUACAUUUUACAAAAAUUUGAUAGGCUUAUUGAUAGGAAUGUAUACAGUAAUGUCACUGCGGAUUUCGAACCUUUAUUCUUGUUAGCAACACAAGGGAAGGGUGCCCAAGUGGUUAUUAACAAUUUAUCGGGAAGAUUCUUUGAAGCGUCGUUGAGAUGCCUUGGUAUGUACGGAAGAUUCAUUCAACUAGGUCAGUAUGACAUGGAACAAAACGGAACGAUGGGAUUGGGAGUUUUUUUUAAACACGUAAGUUUUUAUCACGUCUCCCUCGAGUCAAUAUUUCAAUGUUCAAUUGAAGAAAAACGGUCUGUUGCCAACCUCGUUCAAAAAGGUAUUGAUAAUCUUGUGGUGAGACAUUUGUUUAAAGCAGUCUACGAUAAAUUUGAUAUCGAAAAGCUUUUGAGUGACCUAAAUGAUAAAGGAAAUAUUACCAGAAAAGUCAUCCAGGUGACUCAUAAUCUUCCUUUAGGACAACUAAAUACUGUUAACAAGACCAAAUUUCACUGUGAUUACCGGUCAUCAUAUCUUAUAGUCGGCGGCAAUGAGGAGUCGUGGAUUGAUAUGGCAGAAUGGCUUGUGCUGCGAGGAGCUAAGAAAAUUAUAGCAGCAUCCGAAUCAAAACCCCAACAGUCCAAUUUAACAAGGCGCCUAACACUUUUAAAGUCGUUUUAUAAUGCUGACAUCAUUCACGCACCAUUUGAAGCUCAUACCAGAGACUCUGCGAUGGAACUCAUUUCCGAAGUUUUCAUGUUAGGCCCCAUCAAUGCGGUGUUCUUGCUACCAAGUAAUUAUGAGAAACUUCGAAAUUCUGAUAUAAAGUCAGUCCAGUACAUCGAUGCUGAAUUAAAAACAAAAGCUCCAAAGGCUUUGUUUGUGAAUUUCAUGAAAGAGUUCACUGGAAUAUGUCAGAAUAGGUCAGAAGCCGGUUUUCCGACGUGCACGGUUGAGUGGCAAAACGGAAUCCAGUUUUCCGAUAUUCUGGAUGAUUUGGACGACAUCCUCAGUUAUCGAUUGAACCACAUUUACGUCACAAAUAACGAAAUUAAUGAACUGUUUGGAGAAAGCAAUCAGAUGCUGUACAACAGGUUGAAUAGCAUGUUACCUACUACAAUCGAGGAGCUACGACUGCAAGUUCUUCGGGCUUCUCUGGAGCCCACCUUCUUCCAGCUGUCAUCGAUGAGUCCUUUGAAGACUCGCGAGUUGCCACCGGUCUUUAUAUUGCCUGGACUGCUCCCAAAGAAAUAUGUCGAAAAUUUAGCCGGCAACCUUCUCAGUCCGGUCUAUUGUGCCGACUUUUCAAUUAACGACUUAAAAAUAAACGACAUUUGUCUGUGCCUGGUUGACAAAAUGGAAAAUAUUUUACCAAAUGGACCCUUCAACAUCGUUGCUGUAUCGUGGGGUGGUGCUAUAGCUACGGAAAUGGCAAUAAUGUUAGAGAAACGAGGUCACGCAACCCAAUUAUACUAUUUGGACGGGGCCCCAGAAACCAUGCAAUCCACGCUUAGGUUAUUGGGAUCGGGUGUUAAGAAGGAAAUUGCAUUAGUUAUGAGAUUUCUAAAGAUUAAUCCUGAGAUUCUUAAUAAACUGGAACUAUUAUCAAAUUGGGAUACUCGACUACAGCUUGUGCUAGAUUCCGUACAAUAUGUGAAAGAGGACAAGACAUUCCUUACGAAAAUACUCACGGUGCUGAAGAAUCGAAUAGACGAACUCCUGGAUUACAAGUUUAACCACGACAAAAUGAUUACUGGAAGAAUCUUUUUGUUGAGGCCUACAGGAUCAAAUAAAUACGAUAACUGUGGUUUGUCAAAGAUUUGCGACCAAGCAAUCAGCAUUUCAAUAGUGAAGGGCAAUCACACAAGUAUCCUUCAAAGUCAAGAAACAGCAGAUAUAAUUAAUGAACGUGUAAAGUGUUAAUUAUCAAUAAAAGAUAAAAAACUGCAACU